AUGACAAUAUCCUACCCCCGCCCGGACUUCCAACGCACUUCUUUAAACUGGAACACCCUAGACGGUCCCUGGACCUUCACCUUCGACGACAAGGACGAAGGACUAAGCUUGCAAUGGCACAAAACCACCCUUCAAGGAAAACCCUCCCACCAGAUUACAGUCCCAUACGCCUUCCAGACCCCAGCCUCUGGUGUAAACCUCAUCGAAGAGCACGAGGUCAUGUGGUACGAGCGACGCAUCAAAGACAUCCGCACAGCCGAUGAAAGACAAAGAGGGAAUAAACUCCUCAUCCGCUUCGGCGCUGUCGAUUACGAGUGCUCUGUCUGGGUGGACGGUAUCCUGGUCGGCGGACAUCGUGGUGGACAUGUGCCAUUCGAUAUAGAUAUCUCUGACGCCCUGGCUGACGGCGCUACAGAAGUUCGUCUCACUCUCAGGGUUAAAGACUCGCCCUACGACAUGACCCAGCCGCGUGGUAAGCAGUUCUGGAAGCCCGUGCCAGAGAGCAUCUUCUACACGCCCAGUAGGGGUAUUUGGCAGUCUGUUUGGUUGGAGAGUGUUCCGGCUAUGCGGUUGCUAUGUGGGAGUGGAGGGACAGUGUUUCGCUCUGAUGAUAUUGAACGCGGCCAGUUGCAUGCAAAGGUCCAUGUUGCCGGACGGCGGGUUGGAAGUGCGGCGAAGGUUGAGGUUGAGGUAUCCCUUGGAGGGCUGAGUAUUGCGAAGGUGGGCGGUGAGUGUAUGCGGGAUAAAACGUUUGCUGCGGUUGACUUGAGUAUGAAGGUUACUGAAGCUGCAGUGGGAAAGUUGAAGACAAAGAACCCGGAGUUGUUUGGUGCUGAUGGAGUCUGGAGUCGGGGUGUUGCGCUCUGGGCUCCGGAGCAUCCUGUUCUCUAUGAUACUAUGCUUCGGCUGCUUGAUGGGGCCGGCAGUCUUGUUGAUGAACCGUAUUUCCAGAUGCUAUUCCUAGACCAGGGAUACUGGCCCGAAACGGGCAUGACUCCUCCUUCUUCAGAGGCCCUGAAGACAGACAUAGAGCUGGCACAGAAACUAGGAUUCAAUGGAUGUCGCAAGCACCAGAAGGUCGAAGACCCGCGCUUCUACUACUGGGCAGACCGGAAGGGCUUCCUCGUUUGGGGCGAGAUGGCAAAUGCCUAUGAGUUCGACACUGACUACAUUGAGCGGUUUACCAGUGAGUGGACUGAAGCCGUAAAGAGGGAUAUCAACCACCCAUCGCUGGUCACUUGGACGCCACUUAAUGAGUCGUGGGGUGUAUCUGCCUUGAAGGAAAAUAUCGAGCAGCGUAAUCAUGUUCGCGUCCUGUACUACUUGACUAAGUAUGGCUCACCCGGUGGCAUUUUCAACCUAACAACCUUCCACGAUUACAGCGACUCGAUCGACCUGGGUGCAGCGUGUGCCAGCAUGUCAGGGAUUCUCGAAUCGAAAGGUGGGCACGAGGUUUUCACCAAACCGAUCUACUCUGGUUAUUCCGGCUCUGUGGUCGUCGAUAAAGGUGCCCGGCAUACGCCGGGUGCACCAGUGAUCUGCACUGAGUUUGGUGGGGUUAAUAUCGCACCGCCUAAGAACUCUGCUGCUGUCGGUGAGCGGGACUGGGGGUAUACGACUGCCAGUGACCCGGCAGACUUCUUAGUGCGAUUUGAGAAGCUAGUGAUGGCGGUUGUGAAACCGGGGCACAUUUGUGGGCUUGUCUGGACUCAACUGUAUGUUGCAUCAUCCAUGAUUUUUGGCAUUGUGAUCUGA